AUGCAGAGAAUAUUAGAGAAGAAACACUUCAGAAACAAACAGAAAGAGAUAGAAUACAUUUCGAAGAAAUUGCAAUCUUACGAUUGGAAGACAUACCCUCAUAGGUGUCUUCUUAUCUUAGAUGACUUUGCUUCUCAUCCUUUGUUAAAGAAUAGAGAACAAGAUAUGUGUCGAAUUCUUAAGAAGCUCAGACACUUUAACAUCUCAGUUGUCAUUUGUGUACAGACAGCAAAGAGUUUAAGUAAGGAUGUUAAAAGAAUACUUACUGACAUUAUACUUUUCCCCGGAUUGUCCGAAGACGAUUUCAUGGAACUUAUGAAAGAGUCCAUGGCAGGUAAGUUUGACAGAUAUGAACUAUGGGAGAAGUACAAAGUCAUACAAGACCCUCAUACUUCUUUCAGAAUUCAUAUCUACGCAAACAAAGUUCAAAUUGUAAAAAGUCAAGCUUGA